UCACCGUACUUCAAAAUCAUUUUUUGUUAUGUUGGGGACUUGUGUGUCGAGCUGUCUAUCUUAUAAACUAAGCUGCAGCUAAUACGAUCAUAUUUCCACCAACGUAAUGAUGCGAAGUACGCGGAAGAUUCGAUGAAAAGAUGGGAGAUGUUGCGUAUUUUGUUUUUCGUGACAAGACAGUAGAUGUAUAGAACUUGAUACAUUAGGAACACCGUCUGGGUCCUAACGGCCAAAACAGCUCUUCCGGGAAGCAUAUGCGGGUAAUUCAAUUGCUUAACGUUACCAAGUCACCAGAAUGUCAAUUCUGUGCGCUGUCAACAAAGCACUAAAACAGUGUGAGGUUGAAGAGACUCGCUCCAACGACAACAUUUUCCUAUGCAGAGAUCUACUUACACAUAUGAAAAUUCCUGACAUCCAUUCGAGAGAGACAGAAAGACAGUUAAAUACAGCCAAAGAGGAUUCAUUGGAAAUUUCUCCUGAGGGGAAACAAGAGCUGGAGCAGUUGGAAAAGCUGCUGGAAAAGGCAUUCAGGGUACGGAGCACGUUGGCCACGCAUGCAGACUCAAAACCCACUACUGGAAAGGGAAAAGGGAGGUCUUCUUCCCUGGUAAAUGGCCACAGCAAAUCUAUCGACAAAGACAGCUUUGACAAAAGACCUACCCAGGUGACAAAGGUACCACCUCAGGUCAAAGCUAUACGAGGGAUCCCUGGAACUCAAGGGCAAACAACCAGGGGUGGCCUGUUGACAGGGCCUGCCAAAAGAAAGACCCUUAAGUCAGGAGAAAGUCCACCUCUCAACUCAAUUAGACAAACUAAAGUUUCAUUUGACAAAACUUCUACUCAGGAUGUAGUUACUAAAAUCAAACAAGAGGAUCAACAGAAAACCCCUUCCUCUGGUGAUGAUCUGUGUAGGGCCAUGACGCCCAAACCUCCCAAUUCUGACUUUAAGGCCAUUCUAGAAGAGAUGUGGAUUCCAUCUCCUCUCCUGCAACCUUGGACAACACUGAGGAGCAAACAGAGCAGGUUAUGGGACAAGGUGUUGACCAAGGGUACACAGGUUGUUCCUGAGAAGAUGCACUUUACCCAGAAGCUGCAAAGUACUUUCCCUGUGGAGAUGCUUCCUGGUGCACCUGCUGAUGCCAGUUCUGGGAUGCGUUUCCUCACUGAGCUAGGCAGGGCAGCGGCAGAUUUACCAAUAGGCAAUGUACUCGAUGAGUACUGUGGAUGGAAGCCUGGAGUGUUGUGUCCAGUCAGUAGGAGAGGAGCCUGGGGAGAUCCGCUGAGACCCCACCUGCCUCCUGCUGUGUGUUACCACCGCCAGGCUGAACUGCAGGAGGUGGCACACCUGAGCCUGAGGGUGCAGGUACUACAGCAGGAGACCCUGCUCCAGCAGGUUCUAAGAGAUCUCCUCUGCUCUGGUCCUCCUUCUCCCUGCUCUGCUGCUCACCUCAGGGGACAGUACUCUCUCAUGGGGGAGGGAGGGUUGCAUUUCCCCACACUUGUAAUGGACACUGAGCCAGAGUGAACAUGGAGUUACUUCAGCAGUCCAGAAGAGGAUGCCUGAUGUGUGAAGGGUGUUCUCUACUGAGCAACUAGUCUCUCCACUAGUUUCCUUUCUGCCACUUGUGUCUUUUGGGAUAGUUGUUUGCAAGAUGUAUCUUUUGUUAAUUUUAUGUAUUAGAAAAUAAGCUGUCUGUGCCUCUAGCAGGCCGACAGAUGCAGAGUUUAAAUCAUGUUAUUUAAUUUGUUUGAAUAUUAAUAACAUUUGAUGAGGGUAAUAAUGUGUGGGACUCCAUGCCUGUUUAGACCGACAGAGUUUGUAUCAUGUUAUUUAAUUUAUUUGAACAUUAGUAACAAAAGAUUCAAGUAAAUAAUGCAUGGGAAUUCAUGCCUGUGUGGAGUGUUGCAGACCCUCUCGCCAGCAGAGGGAGCCAUCUUAAAACAGUCUGACCUGCCUUGACGUUACAUACACACACACACACAGCCUCAGAUUGUUGGAUAGUAUAGAAUAUUUAUUUUCAAAUAAAAUGUCACCUUUUUUUUUUACGUCAAAUUCAUGUUAGUCAUUUGAUAUCCUUUGUAGUGACUUUUCAUAUCAGCAGCAUACUUGAAAACACCCAAAGCUGUUGCAAUAAUAAUUAGAUGUAAUUCGAGUCAUGGCAGAUCAACACAAUGCAUUCCAUUAGUUUCAAACUGAGUUGAUGUCUUGGAAUGGUAGGAGGGAAGAGCAUCACAGACUACUGUGAAUGUGUAAAUACACAAAAAGACUGCUCUUUUCACAAAAGGGGUGUGAUGCAUGAUUCAAGAACUGUGAAAGUGCUGAGUAAAAAUCUUCACCUCUCCUCCACCUUCGUUGAAAACAAAGGAGUUUCACACUUAAUUAAAACAGCGUUUCAAAAACAGUGGGGGAUCAACUGUGGUCAUGUAACAAAUGGCACACAAGGGAGACAGACGGAGCACAUGCCACAGCAAUAGUGCCCACACUAUUAGUCCUUAGAGACUAAAAGACAGUUCCUUAUCACAAUGAAGUCAUAGUAUCAAAAGCCCCAAUCUUCCCUGAUGCUGAGUUAAACUACACAUAUCUUUAGACUCACAACUGAAGGUCUUCAGAUGGAGGUGUAAUCUAAGACAAUUAUAACACUUCUCUGCCACGUACUCCGUUGAAGGGUUAUUGUAGUCGGAGAAAUAUUUUUCAGUGAGCAGUGCAUGUGUGCUACAUACAAGUCAUAGAAGCUUAGAGGGGGUAGAGAGAGCGUGGUAGUGGUUUUGGGAACAGGCUGCUCCAGAAUGGAAGACAGGUGGCGUUAGCUUCACACAGAGUGUCGUGGGUGUUUGAGCACCAUCGUCCAGACUGCCCCCUCCCCUGUGCUCACAUAUGCGCAGACAUUUAUGCUCUGAGUCACAGGGAAUGUGGUUGAAAAACAUCUUUGGAGAGGAAUGAAAAAUGAAAGCCCUAAAUGAGCAAGACAGGCACAGAGAUCUUCUGUUAGAGCAGCCCUCCUCUGUUGGGGCACGCUCUUAAAGUUGAAAUACCUUGAGAGUAAACUGUCCAUUAAAAAAAAAAGCAGAGGAUAUAGAUAGCAGCAUUUGUGCUGAUUAUUAUUGGUUGGGAAAACACCACCAGAAAUGAAUCUGCACCAGAUGUCUAGAGUAGGUGGUG